GGUACCGGGCCUGCGUUGUGCUUCUUGGCGUGGUCCGGUCAGGUGUGGCAUAUUUUGGCCUGCCAACUUGAGGAAGCUUCUGGUGUGCGGUUAUUGCUGUUCUAGUCCUAGUGCAUACAAAUAAUUGUUUAAUCUGUUGUACAACAACAUAACCACAUACCGUAAAUAUGCAGGGCUCGAUCGUUCCGCUAUGUAUGUUCCUCCUAUAUCAAAGCACAGUGGUAUCGUCUCUUCGAGAGGGUGACUGUGAAGUCUGCAUUGGGGUCAUCAACAAAAUAUACAAGGCUGUGCCCUCUGAAGAUAGCUCAUCUCAAGAUAAGGUGCUAAAAGUUCUGGAAGAUGUGUGUGCUGGUACCAGAGGGAAGGAGCAUAAAUUUUGCUACUACAUUGGAGGCGUUGAAGAUUCAGCCACUCGCACACUCAAGGAUAUCACUCAGCCAAUGAGCUAUUCCAUGCCCGCUGAGAAGAUCUGUGAGCGUCUGAAGAAAAAAGAUCCUCAGAUCUGUGAGCUGCGGUAUGACAAGCAGAUCGACCUGAAGAACGUGGACCUGAAGAAGCUGAAGGUGCGGGACCUGAAGAAAAUCCUCUCCGACUGGGACGAGAUCUGCGACGGCUGCCUCGAAAAGACCGACUUCAUCAAGCGGAUCGAGGAGCUCAAGCCCAAGUUCAUCCGCGAAGAGCUAUAGAGAUCUGUUCUAGGCACUGUUUAUUUAUGUGGGUUUGCUCUGAGUUUGGACUGUGGGUCACGCGCUGGCAGCGGUGGCAUGCGACCGAUCCGAAGCCGCCAGCUGCUCCCGACGCAGGGGCACAACGCUGUUAUGAUUUGAGGCUGAUGUAUUUGUUACCGACGGAGCAUGCGUUUGUUAGCACCGGGCGGUGGCCACGUGCUCCAUUCCUGUAGACCUAUUAUUGUCAAGUUUCAGACGGGCGUUGAAAUCGUCGAAGCCGUGUCAGAGUCCGGCCAGCCGCCAUCCGGCGGCAUGGCUCUCACUGCGAGUGAAUAAAUCCGACGUCACAUUUUC